AUGAUCAACUAUGCUAAAACUACAGAGAAACCUAUUAUAGAAGUUUUGGCAUGUUUUGGCAGUUUCGCAAUUUUGACAGAUCCUCAGUACAAAGAUCUUGAUUUUUUAACAGAUGAUGAAUUAAAAACAAAAACUGAAAUUGAACUACGGCAUAUAUAUGAAGAUUUAAAAUUUAAAAUAAAUCAAGAUGAAGAAUUGCCUGAUGAAGCCCCAUCAACCAGAAAUCAAUUAGCGGAAGAUUCAAUUUUUAAUACACUUCAUAAAAGUCAAAAAUGUAAAAAAAAAGCAAAUGAAGUUGAUAAUUAUCUUGAUGAAAAUAAAACAGAAAAAGCAGUUCCUAAUACUAAUCCCUUUGAUGAACGCUUAUUUUCAGAUGCUGGAAAUAGCAUGACAAAUAAACAAAUAUGCCUUAGUCCAAAAGUUUUUCAAGAAAUUCUUUUCAUUAAAAGAAAUUCAAAAUAUAUUGAUAUGUUUACACUUGCUGCUAAUAAGAAAAAGUAA